CUGUGAUUGGAUAUCCCUGUGAGGUGGGCGGGGUUGCUUUUGAAAGGGUGCUUCCGGUGUCGGCGCUGUUUGACAGGAGAGAUUGACGGGAGCAGUACCCAGAAUCUCCUCAAGGUACUUGACAGAAGUGUGUGGCAAACAUUACAUCAUUUAUACAGACGGAGAGAAAGCAAGCUAGAAGUGGCUGUUGAUGGACCAGCCCUGUGAGGAGGCGGAGUCAGAAUGGGACAGAGCACAUCGGAACAGGAGUCGGACCCCACUGAGGAGGGGCUGCUCAACCUCAAGGCUUUUGUGGAAGAUCAGCUUCAAACCAGCAUGAUGGUGGGGAUCGUGAUUGGUGCCGGCGUUGCUGUCAUCCUCAUCGCCGUCCUCAUCUUCCUUGUCCUCCGCAGGAUCCAACUCCGCAAUCUUCAGGCUCAGGAGACCCCAAAGUACAGAUUUCGCAAGAGGGACAAAGUCAUGUUCUACGGACGCAAGAUCAUGCGCAAGGUGUCCCAGUCUACCUCGUCACUGGUGGGCACCACCUCCUCCACCCGGCCCCGCCUUAAGAAGAAGCAGAAGAUGCUCAACAUUGCCAAAAAAAUCCUGCGCUUUAAGAAGGAGGUGCCCAUCCUGCAGAUGAAGGAGCCUCCCCCGUCCGUUCUGGAGGCCGACCUGACUGAGUUUGACGUGGCCAAUUCUCAUCUUCCCUCGGAGGUGCUCUACAUGCUCAAGAAUGUACGGGUGCUGGGCCACUUUGAGAAGCCACUUUUCCUGGAGCUCUGCAAGCACAUGGUAUUCCUGCAGUUCCAGCAGGGGGAGUACGUGUUCCGUCCCGGGCAGCCAGACAAUAGCAUCUACGUGGUGCAGGAUGGCAAGCUGGAGCUCUGCCUCACCGGCCAGGACGGUAAGGAGAGUGGGGUGAAGGAGGUGUUUCCGGGCGACAGUGUGCACAGCCUGCUCAGCAUCUUGGACGUCAUAACUGGUCACCAGAAGCCGUACCGCACCAUGUCAGCACGAGCGGCUGAGGUCUCCACCGUGUUGCGGUUGCCCGUCGAGGCCUUCCUCUCCAUCUUCGAGAAGUACCCUGAGAGCCUGGUGCGGGUGGUGCAGAUCAUCAUGGUACGUCUCCAGAGGGUCACAGUCUUGGCUCUACACAACUACCUGGGUCUGACCAAUGAGCUCUUCAGCCACGAAAUGCAGCCUCUGCGUCUGCCAUCUGCCUCCCCCCACCCGUCCAGGACCAGCCCCGUGCGACACAGCAGGAGGUUUUGCAGCAUGGUGGAGGAGCCCCGCGAUGCCGUGGCCAAGCUGGAGGGAGCAGGGGUGGAGCCAUGCAGGGACGGCUUGCCUCCCAUGCUGAGCCGGGCCGUGUCCAUGCCCGUGGACAUCGCAGGCAUGCAGAAGAGUGGAGUGCGGUCAGACUUCGACAUGGCGUAUGAGAGGGGACGCAUCUCCGUGUCCGCUGAGGAGGGAGCCCCCCCCACUCUCACCUUCACGCGGCUGGUGGGGCAGGAGCAGCGGGAAAGAAAGUCGGUGACGGUGGAGGAGGUCCCGUCGGGGGUGUACCUGUACCCUGAGGAGGAGAGCCCGGAGGAGGUGCUGCCCAGUCGGGGCUCCGGAUCGCUUUUUGAGGAGGCCCAGAAGGAGAUCCAGAAGCUCAUGAGGAUCGAGGACCCCACACUGCUGAGUGGACGGGUGUCACAGCACUAUGCCAAGGCCGGAGCAGUACUGGCACGCCAGGGCGACCAGGACGUGAGCCUACACUUUGUGCUGUCGGGCUGCCUGCACGUGUACCAGCGCAUGAUCGACAAGCAGGAAGACGUUUGCCUGUUUGUGACGCAGCCGGGCGAGAUGGUGGGUCAGCUGGCCGUGCUCACAGGCGAGCCGCUUAUCUUCACCAUCAAGGCUGUGCGAGACUGUACCUUCCUCAAGAUCUCCAAGUCUGACUUCUACGAGAUCAUGCGGGAGCAGCCCAGCGUGGUCCUGAGUGCCGCCCACACUGUGGCCAUACGCAUGUCCCCCUUCGUGAGGCAGAUGGACUUCGCCAUCGACUGGAUGGCAGUGGAGGCAGGACGCGCCCUCUACAGGCAAGACGACCAGUCUGACUGCACCUACAUCGUCCUGAACGGCCGCCUGCGAUCCGUCAUCCGCAAGGCCAACGGGAAGAAGGAGCUGGUGGGAGAGUACGGCCGCGGGGACCUCAUCGGGGUGGUGGAGGCCCUGACGCACCAGCCACGAGCCACGACGGUGCACGCAGUGCGGGACACAGAGCUGGUGAAGCUGCCAGAGGGGGCGCUGAAUAACAUCAAGCGGAGAUACCCUCAGGUGGUCACCAGGCUGAUCCAUCUCCUGGGCCAGAAGAUCCUUGGAAACCUGCAGCAGACCCGGGGCCCUUUCUCUGGGUCGGCACUGGGCCUGUCCAGCAUGGCCUCCAGCCCUGACGUCACUAACCCCGCCAGCAAUCUCUCCACGGUGGCUGUGCUGCCUGUGUGUGACGAGGUGCCGAUGAACGCCUUCAACUUAGAGCUCAGCCACGCACUCAGUGCCAUUGGCCCCACCCUGCUACUAACAAGUGACAUCAUCCGAGAGAGACUGGGAGCAUCAGCUCUGGACAGCAUCCAUGAGUACCGCCUGUCGGGCUGGCUGGCCCAGCAGGAGGACAUCCACCGCAUCGUGCUCUACCAGACGGACAACAGCAUGACACCCUGGACCCAGCGCUGUAUCCGCCAGGCCGACUGCAUCCUCAUCGUGGGGCUGGGGGACCAGGAGCCGGCGCUGGGCCAGCUGGAGCAGAUGCUGGAGAACACGGCGGUGCGAGCACUGAAGCAGCUAGUGCUGCUGCACCGCGAAGACGGCCCUGGUCCCUGCCGUACUGUGGAGUGGCUCAACAUGCGCAGCUGGUGUUCGGGCCACCUGCACCUGAAGUGCCCACGCAGGGUGUUCUCCCGCCGCAGCCCUGCCAAGCUGAGGGAGGUCUACGAGAAGGUCUUUGAGAAGACAGCAGACCGGCACAGUGACUUCUCCCGCCUGGCCCGCGUCUUAACGGGGAACAGCAUCGCCCUGGUCCUCGGAGGGGGUGGGGCUAGGGGCUGCUCCCAUGUGGGUGUGAUCAAAGCCAUGGAGGACGCGGGCAUCCCUAUCGACAUCGUCGGGGGCACCUCCAUCGGCUCCUUCAUCGGGGCGCUGUAUGCCGAGGAGCGCAGCGCUGUGCGGACCAAACAGAGGGCACGCGAAUGGGCUAAGGGCAUGAAUUCGGUGUUUAAGACAGUCCUGGACCUCACCUACCCCAUCACCUCCAUGUUCUCAGGCUCUGCUUUCAACACCAGCAUCUACAAGGUCUUCCAGGACAAACAGGUGGAGGACUUGUGGCUGCCCUACUUCAACGUGACCACGGACAUCACGGCCUCGGCCAUGCGGGUGCACAAGGAUGGCUCUCUGUGGCGCUAUGUCAGGGCGAGCAUGACCCUGUCCGGGUACCUCCCUCCCCUGUGUGACCCCAAAGACGGCGACUUGCUCAUGGACGGAGGGUACACUAACAACCUCCCAGCCGACAUCGCCCGCAGCGUGGGCGCCAAGACGGUCAUCGCCAUUGACGUGGGCAGCCAGGAUGAGACCGAUCUGUGCAACUAUGGCGACUGCCUGUCCGGCUGGUGGCUGCUCUGGAAACGCAUCAACCCCUGGGCCGAGAAAGUCAAGGUGCCGGACAUGGCGGAGAUCCAGUCGCGCCUGGCGUACGUGUCGUGCGUGCGUCAGCUGGAGCUGGUGAAGAAGAGCGCCUACUGCGAGUACAUCCGGCCGCCCAUCGACCGCUUCAAGACCAUGGACUUCGGCAAGUUCGACGAGAUCCACGAUGUUGGCCUACAGCACGGUAAAGUCUUGUUCUCCGGCUGGGCUCGGGGUGACAUCAUCAACAACAUGCUGAAAGACCAUCGCUCUGCUGACUACAAUGACAGCAAGAAGGCGGAUACCUGCACGUGUCCCGGGGCCGACUUCACCGACCUGGCUGAGAUCGUGUCCCGAAUCGAGCCGGUGCAAAGCUACGUGUCUGCUGAGGCGGAGGAGUCUGACUGCCUGACUGAGUUUGAGGAGGACGGCAUUGACACGGUACGGGAGGAAGAGGAGGAGGAGGAGGAGGAGGUAGAAGAAGCCGAGGACCAGUCCCCCGGGGAAUGGGGGCCAAACGGAGUCUUCCAGACGGACGAAGAGAAGUCAGUACGACAGCGGAGGAAGUUGCCCAAUGACUCCAACACCUGCUCUGAGAUCUCCGACUGCUGACGGGGGGGGCGGAGCCGGCGACAGGGCCAGGCUGGGUCGGGCCGGGGGGGUAACUCCCCUGGGAUGAGCUGACGACUUGCAGACUCAGUGCCAUAAGGCGGCGCCCCUGCAGCCAGACCUCAUUGACCCCUUUAUUUAUUUUGCUCUUAUUUCCUGAUAUGGUGAAUCUUUGACCUCUACACUGACCCCUGACCCCUGACAGCCUCCACCUCACAACUCCAUGAUACGACACGAUAGUGAGCAGUAUAACAGGAAACGGUUUUAUCCAGGAGCAGCUCAGCACUGGCAGGAUUGAACACUUCCUGUGGUUUCAUGGUGUACAGUAGAGAUCCAGGCUUUACCAAAAACUUCAGUCCUGUGUGGAAAACAACAUACCGUGUGUGAGUGUGUAAGACGCCUGGCCCCCCAGAGCCGUCAGACUGCCUUUCGUUUUGCCCCCCCCCCCCCAUGGACUGAUGACCCCCUUCUCACCGGAAACCAUAAGUCCCCCCCACAGUCCCAUAGCCGGCCGCCACAGACCAUAACUGGCACAUCUUAGCACGCCUGCACCACAACGAGCCCUCCACCCCCUGCCAGGAUGCCCAUUCAUCUACUGCCUUUCUGUUGACACUGUUUCUGGGCCGGGGGGGGGGGCACCCUUGGUUCGAACUGUCCGCCAGACGCCCGCUCUGCUCAUUUUACUCUCCAUUUUGGCCUUUUAACCCCCAGACGGAUCUCGGCUGGGUCCCCGUUCUGUACAGAGUUUCUUUUUUAAGCAUCGCUUAGCUGUUUGCACUGAUUCUCAUGUAGAUUAAGUUCCUCUAGGGUUAAGUUUUUUUAGUUUUAUUUUUGAUCUGAUAUAAAUGGCAAUAUGAUAAAUACAUAUGGCCGAUAUGAGAUUAAUUAAGGAAUGUAUAAAGGAGGGUAUUAAAACGCUGAACAAUAAAUGUUCCUUAACCCCA